AAGCGGUGCCAGUAGGGCGGAAUUCGAAAGGCAGAGACUCCCAGCAAAACACCCACCGUAAACACAAGAGAGACCUGUCACAGAUGGGAAUAUGGAUUUGUAUUAGUCAUUUACAUCGGGAAAACUUGCUGAAUUGGAGUAACAGUGUUGUUUUCUGAGACAUGGGGACAAACAACCAAGAUGUGGCAUGUUAUUUGGUUACAAAGCAUUCCGCAUGGAAGGGCAAGUACAAACGCAUUUUUAGCGUUGGCAAUGCGGGGAUUACCACCUAUAACCCUGGUAGCAUGGAAGUCACCAACCAGUGGUAUUACAAUGACUUUAUCAACAUAACACCAGCCUUGAAGGGCGUGGGCCAGGUCCCAAAUGAAUUCAUCAUAACUAUGAGGAAGGGCAAGAAAGUGGACAACAUGCGUUUCUCGUCAGAACAUCGAACAGAUAUAAUAUCAGAAGCCUUAAUAUUCAGACACAGCUUUGCAGAGGGAAUUGUAGAUAACCUGCGAGCCAAUGCCCAAAAGGUCCACUGGUCAGAUGCAAGACAUCCUGUCAUUCUGGAGGUCACUCCCUGCUCUGUUGAACAGCUUGAUGCUACAACUGGUGCUCCUCUUGCAUCCUACAUGUUUAAGGAUAUAGAGGCCCUUGUACCAGUAACGGGCCUUCCUGGAGGGUUGUGCAUUCAGAGUGGAGGAUUUGGUAGAUUACACAUCUUCUCAACAGACCGUCGAGAUGAAAUUCUAAAGAAGGUUGAAGAUAAUGCAAAGAAAUAUGUUGGUAUCAGCAUAAAUGCCAAGAAAGUGUGUAUCACAUUACAACAAGCACAGGAAAUCAGAGUUGGUAAAUACAGUGGGGAUGAACACAUCACAUCUCUGUGUGAAUUCACAGUCCAUAAAGUGAGCCGCCGUCACAAUGACCCAGUAAGAAGAACACUCUGUAUUAGUGAAUCCUGUUUGUUAGAACGUGACCCUAAUUCCUAUGCCAUUGUCACCCUGAAACCACUCUCGGAUAUAUUUGCUCUAGUCCGCCACCAAGAAAAUCCACAAAUGCUCACAAUAGAAUAUGUAAGAGGAGGCAACAGGGUUUAUACAUCAUCUGACCGUGAUGCCUUAUUAGCGUCACUGAUUGAUGGUGUCCGAGCCUCUGGCAACCUAGAUGUUCAUGUCCGAAUGACACCAACUCCAAGAGGGAAGAGGCUUGGUCCUCUCGAAGUUCCUGUAGAUGAGGAAGUAGAAUCCAUGCACCUCAAGUUUAUUCAACAGCCUCCUCCUGGUUGGACUUUUGCUGAAGCAGUUGAAAGAUUUAAUGUAAAUGUUUCCUAUUCCGGGCUGCUACAUGCUGUGACUGCUGAGGGUUUAUUUGCUGAAAAUAAAGAAAAAUUAAUAACUGGUGCCUUAGGGGCACUUGUGCUCCGAGAAGGAGAUCAAGCAACAUUACCAGCUGAAGAAGUUGAGGCACAGUUCCAUGCCCUGCGUAGAUUAGUUGCAUCAAAAGCAGGUUUUGCUUCUCUAACAUCACUCCCCAGGUUCCGAGAAAAAGUGGGCUGGAAAGUAGUUAAGGCACUGCAGAGAAAUAAUGAUGGAAUUAAUCAUGCAGCACUUGAUAUGCUGUGUGCACUCAUGCAGCCUAUGCAUGACAAUCCUGAUCUAAAGCAAGAACAGUUGAACAAAGCUUCUCUCCUAGCCUCACCAACAUUUCAAGAGAAACUAUUGGAAAAUUGGGUCCAUCAUGUGUCCCAUGGAACUGGUGCACUUGUUGUAUUGGCGAUGUUGGACUUUUUAACAUUUGCUCUCUGCGCCCCAUAUAGUGAAACAACUGAUGGUGCCCACUUUGAUCGUUUGUUAGAAAUGGUGGCAGAUAAUGGGAGGUCACUCUACAGGCUCUUCCAGCAUCCAUCUCUAGCCAUUGUUAAAGGUGCAGGAUUGGUAAUGAAGGCUGUUAUAGAAGAAGGUGAAGGCGACAUUCCAGCUCGUAUGCAGCUCUUGGCAUUAACAGAAGGAGCUCUGCCUAGACAUCUGUACACUGCACUCUUCACUCAAACAUCAGAUGGUAGACUCCUCACUCAUCGUCAGCUUUCACGGCACCUUGUUUCCCUGUGGGCAGCAGAAAACCCAUCUGCAGUUGAUCUUUUAGGACGGACAGUGCCACCAGGUCUUUUAGCCUUCUUGGAGAGCAAGGAAACUGUGCCAUUAGAUGACAUAGAUCGUUUGAACACAAGGGAUAACCUGAAGAUUGCAGAAGAUGAUGAGGAAAGAAAUAAGAAAAACCAAGUUUUAGAAACUUUGGACAGAGCAUAUAAGACAUCUGUCAAAAAAGUAGAAAGUUUGGUGGAAAAGCACAUGGAUAAGAUAGAGACGGUGGAAAAAUGUUUACAAACAGGAGCCAAACAAAUGGAGGCUUACUACGAAGCAUACCUCGAGAAACAUGUGGAUUUUGCCUUACAACAUUGGCGUUCUCGAAUGAAGAAGGAAAAGUCAGUCGAGGAUAGAUUCAGAGAGCGACCACUAGUGCUGCGCAAAAGAAGAGAAAAGUUAAAGGCAACAGCAAAUUGGCCUUUAUUCUAUUACAAAUUCAACAGGGAUCAUGCUCUUCCCAAUUUGAUUUGGAAUUACAAAACACGAGAGGAAUUGCGUGUAGCCUUGGAAGCAGAGAUGCGUGCCUUCAAUGAGGAUCGUGAUGUUCGAGGAAACAUGGUUAUUGCAUGGAACCACCUGGAGUUUGAAGUUAGCUACCCAUCACUGAAAGAUGAGAUUAAGAUUGGUGACUAUUAUCUGAGAAUCUUACUGGAGCAGGAAAAUAGUACUUCACCUGAGGAUUCUCCCAUUAGAAGAUCAUAUGAGUUUUUCAAUGACCUGUACCAUCGCUUUCUGUUAACACCAAAAGUGACUAUGAAGUGCCUGUGUUUGCAAGCCAUGGCCCUUGUUUAUGGACUACAUCACAGUGAUAUUGGUCCUUUUAAUGAUACACGCUACAUUGUUACCAUGCUGUCACGCACUUGUGAUAAGUUAGAGAGAGACAGAUUACUCCUUUUCCUAAAUAAGCUGAUUCUUGAGAAGGCCAAUGUCCGGGAGGUAGUGGAAGCUGGUGGAGUGCGCAUCCUCUCUGAUCUCCUGACUCUCGCCCACCUUCACGUCAGUCGUGCUGUGAUGCCCACCCAGUCAAAUGUGAUUGAAGCUUCCCCAGAUAUGGCCAGAGACACAGAGAAGGAAUGGUACUAUCAGGGCACCAACAAAGAGCGUGCUGGCCCCUUCAGCUUCAAGGAACUGAAGGACUUCUGGGCAGAUGGCACACUCUCCUUGAAGACCCUAUGUUGGGCACAAGGCAUGGAUGGUUGGCAUCCACUAAAUAACAUUCCUCAGUUGAAGUGGUCGUUGGCUGCUACGGGUAAUGCAGUAAUGACAGAAAGUGACUUAGCCACCCUCAUCCUGAAUAUGCUCAUCACCAUGUGUAGAUACUUCCCUUCACGAACAGAGGAUGGAGCUGUGAUAAGACCUCUUCCACGUAUCAAGAACUUACUAUCUACUCCUCUCUCCUUGCCACAUAUUGUUCAGUUGCUGCUCACAUUUGAUCCAAUAUUAGUGGAGAAGGUGGCAACUCUUCUAGUAGAGAUUAUGCAAGACAAUCCUCAUCUGUCCACUAUUUAUACAACAGGAGUCUUCUUCUUCAUUCUUAUGUACAUGGGAUCCAAUGUGUUGCCCAUUGGACGCUUUCUUCACAUGUCUCACAUGCAACAGGCUUUCAGAGCUGAAGAGAACCUGGGUGGUGAUAUUAUGCAGCAGAGCAUACUGGGUCAAAUCCUACCUGAGGCCAUGGUGUGCUACCUGGAAAACUAUGGUCCAGACAAGUUUGCUGAGAUAUUCCUAGGAGAAUUUGAUACACCAGAGGUAAUAUGGAGUAAUGAGAUGCGAAGACUAAUGAUUGAGAAGCUUGCUUCUCACCUGGCUGACUUCACUCCAAGAUUGAUGAGCAAUAAUCGGGCUCUGUACCAGUAUUGCUCCAUUCCACAUAUCACUUACCCACAGCUUCAGUAUGAACUUUUCUGUGACAUUUAUUACCUGAAGCACCUGUGUGAUAUUGAGCGCUUCCCAGACUGGCCAAUUAAAGAUCCUGUUGCACUUCUGAAGCGAGUCCUAGCAGCCUGGAGAACUGAAGUGGAAAAGCAGCCAUCAACUUUGAGUGUAGAAGAUGCUUACACAGAAUUAGGCCUAGAGCAAGAUACACGUCAUGAUGAUGCCAAAAUACGCAAAGCCUACUUUAGGCUGGCCCAGAAGUACCAUCCAGACAAGAAUCCUGAUGGACGGGAUAAAUUUGAGCGUGUGAAUAGAGCAUAUGAGUUUCUGUGCAGUAGAUCAGCACAUUCUGUGGAUGGCCCUGAUCCCAAAAAUAUUUUAUUAAUCAUUAGAACACAGAGCAUCCUCUUCUCAAGAUAUAAGGAUGUGUUGGCGCCUUACAAGUAUGCGGGAUACCCAAUGCUAAUCAAGACCAUCCAGUUAGAGGCCGAUGAUGAGCAACUCUUCAGCAAAGAAACAUCUCUCCUAGCAGCAGCUGCAGAGUUGACUUACCACACCAUUAACUGCUCUGCUCUGAAUGCAGAAGAGCUGAGAAGAGAGAGGGGAUUAGAGGUGCUUCAAGGUGCAUACAACCGCUGUGUAAAUGUGCUAAAUGCUAGCAGCAAACCUGGUGAUGUUGCAGUACAAGUCUGUAUCAAUAUUGCACGUUGUUAUACAGCUGCCGCAUCCUUCCCCAUGUGCCGCGAGAAGCUCAUCGAAAUGUCUCACUUUAUCAAGGACCUGUGCCACACACUCUAUUUCAAGAACCUCCUUCGUGUUUGCUUGGUGGGUGUAGAGUGUGUGUCAGCUUUGGCAGUCGACCACAUCCUUCAGAUGAACCUCCUUCAAGCAGGCAUCAUAUGGCACCUCCUCCUCUUCCUCUUCUCAUAUGACUACACCUUGGAUGAGGGAGGUGUCUCCAAAAAUGAAGAGUCAAACCAACAGGAGAUGAGUAAUCAGCUUGCAAAGUUGUCCCUUUGUGCUUGUGGUCGUUUGGCUGGCCUGUAUACAAAGGAGGAAGAAACUACCCCCUCCAACACAGUUAUUCAUGGGGUCCUGCAGAAGCUCCUAACACCCUAUGUUGUGUCCCUCAUACCUGCAAUGUCAUCAGAAGAGGUGUUGAAAAUCCUCACAAGUAAUGUGCAAACUCCGUAUCUCAUCUGGGAUAAUGGAACUCGCACACAGCUCAUUGACUUCCUAACUGAGAACCAGCAGGCACAUGUACGCACUGGACAGUCUGACCCAGAAUAUGGAGCAGCAUUUGAAUUUGAUGCACACAAAGAUGAGCUCAUUAUCGGAGGAGUCUUCAUACGUGUGUAUAAUGAGCAACCAACAUUCCUAAUACAGAAACCCAAAGAACUCACUCUGGAGUUGCUUCAGUACAUUGGUGGGGAAACUCAGUAUGUCCACUCCCUCUUGUCAUUGUCUGCUGCAUCGGUGUCUCACCCGAGACUGGCGCGAGUUGGGGAUGCACUGCGAGCCCUGGUCAAUGUUAUUAAAAAUAAUCCAGGACGAGACAGAAUAACAUCACAUGAGGGGGAGCGGGAACCAGGUGUGGAGAUGCAGUGCAUUGGUCACUUCAAGCUACUGUUUUCCUUGUUACGCCUUGAAGGAUGUGUAUCUGUACAGCAGUGUGUGUUGGCUGUAGUGGAGGGUGUCACUGGCAAUGCAGACUGUGUUAGUGAUAUUGCAGCAUCAGAAGUGUUGGUGUACCUGAUGUUGGCCUUACACUCUCCUUCCCUCAUCCCAGACCGCAUGACAGCUCUCAACAUACUGCAUGCACUCAUGUCUAACACCAAGAUUGUGAAGGAAGCAUUAAACAAAGGAGCUGUCAUGUACCUACUGAAUAUAUUCUGCUCCUCGGACGAUUCCGAAGUGCGUGAAAAAACAGCAGAACUCAUGGGCAAGAUGACAUGUGAUAAGCUGGUGGGGCCUCGUGUAAGACUGAUUUUGAACAAGAUCCUCCCCUCUGCCCUGGUAGACCAGAUGAGGGACUCGCCAUCCACUGCGGUCCACAUGUAUGAAGCGCAACAUGAAAACCCAGAGCUAAUCUGGACUGACGACUCGAGGGUCAGGGUGACAGAGACUGUUUCAAAAUUAGUGGAAGAGAUUCACUUGCAACAAAAGGAAGAUCCAAAUACUGUGUGGAAGUUUCCAGAGGAAAUCACUUUAUCCUCAACCUCAGGAGAGGUGGUGGUGGGUGGUGUAUACUUGCGGCUCUUGGUUGCAAAUCCUUCCUGGGUUCUGCGGAAGCCAAAGCAGUUUACAUCAGAUCUCUUUGAUACACUCUUGGAUCUUCUUGCAAAGGGAGGCAAUGAUGCUGAGACCCUUGAGCUAAUUGUGAACACAGUGGUUUCAGUAUUAAUUGCUCAGCGUAAUCUGUUGGAGUACCUGCCGCAGUUGGGUCACAUUCCCAGGCUUGUGUCUUAUCUUUCCUCAAAAAAUCAGACAGUGGCUAGAGCUGCUACUCUUGCUACACAUCAGUUUACACACAAUCAGGUGUGUGGCAAUAUUCUCGAGGGCACUGAAGUUGUGGCAGGAUUGGUGUCGGCCAUGAAGUUACGUCCUGACAUUGUGGGUGUGGCAUGUGAAGCCUUACACAAUCUUUUCUCAGGAAGUGGGUUAUCAGGAACAGCCCUUGUAGAACAGGGACUUCGGGCUAAUGUCAUACCUUUUCUCUUGUCUCUUCUUGAUGCUAAACUACAGGUCCAAAAUCCAGCAUCCACUAAAGCUCAGAUCGUUACUUGCCUGAAAACCAUGGCAGCCUCACCACAACAUUCUGAAGAGGUUGUGGCACUCCUAGAGAAGUCUCCAGUGUGGGCGCAGUAUAGAGACCAGAAGCAUGACCUGUUCUUGGACUCUGCACCAGUGGCUGGAUACUUGACAGCUGGUACACCAGGUGUGGCUGGAUUCCUCACUCAGGGCAAUGCCAGGGUCAUGUCCUCCACACCCCCUUCAGUCAACAACACCCGCAGACAGCCGGAGCUACCUUGAAUAAAACUCAGCAUACCAAAUAGAAAUUUUUGAUUUUUUAUGUUAGGGUCUAGAUUUCAAAGAUCUUAUUUUCACAAGCAGCAUUGUCCAUGGAUGGAUAUUUAGAAAACUGACCUUCUUGACUUAAGUGACAAACUGCCAUAGAAUAUUUGUGCGGAAGCUUGCUUUGUCAUAUUGUUUUAAUACAGUGCUCAUCUGCAGUAUAUGAAUACUGGAUUUAUGGAUCUUCACAGCAAAAAAGUAAAAUGAAAUAAAAUAAGUCGAUAAAACUAAACAGAAAAGAAUGUUAAAUGUAUUUUAGGAAUGGAAUAUUCUCUGUAUAACUAAUUUUACUCAGGUCUGUAAUAUGCCACCAAUUACUCUUAAUUUACCAUAUUCUUUGUGAACUAUUUUUUCAUUCUUGCUAGAAAUCCUUCUUGAAUUCCCAACACCGGAGUACAAUUAUUGCUGUUUACACAGUCAUACGCCACAGACACACGUGCAUACAUACAUACACACAUGCAUAUACACACAUACUCAGAAACACACAUGGUCUCUCUCACACACACACACACACACACACACACACACACACACACACACACACACACACACACACACACACACACACACACACACACACACACACUCUCUCUAUUAAGAAUACCUAUAAAAAUGCCCUGUGAAUUAUUUGCUAAAAAACUCUGAUAAUUUGAAAUUUAUAUUGACCUUUCGAUCAGCUGUUUGGAUAAUGUAUGAUUUUCUUCUACAGUUAAGCUUUCCGAAUGCACUCCCAACACAUUGCAAUAUUUUUUAAAGACUGUGAAACCUAAUGCAAUUGUAGGAUCAUCUAGGGUAGACUGUUUACUUUCUGACACUGGUGGCUAAGAUACUGCAUGGCUACUUGCAGCUUGGGAUAAGACAUCUGAAAGACGGAGUAGCACCUUGAAGUAUGCAGACUUUGCAAUCAAAGGAUAGUUGAUAAAAUCAUUUGUACUACAAAUCUCGCAUCAUAAAAUUUUUCUUUCAGAGAUUUUUGGGUAUGAUUUUAUAAAUAAGGACUACAUGUUUUAGUCAAUCAUGAAUUGCUUAUUUGUUGUUGUGGUUGUGCAUUCAGGCAAGUUCAUAUUGUGGUUAGGGAUUAACCUACCAGUUGUGCAGAAUGAUCUGAUUAGCACAAAACAAGAAGUUGUGACAGUACUUUCCAUGCAGUGGUCAUGGGUACAUCACACUACUGGAUUCACUGGUCAGUUAUGUAAGCCUGUCAGCAUUUCAAGAUUUGCUACUGUUUGAAGCUGGAAAGAGAAUGUUCCACCGUAUGUAUGGCUAAGCUUGUGCAUCUGUUUUCUGCUUGAUAUUUUGAUGCAUUGCAUCAGUAGCUUAUGUUUAAAAAAUAUUUAUAUUGGUCAUAAUAUAUAAGAUAAAGUGUUAUUAAAUUAUAAAAAUACCAGUGUUGCUCAUGCAUAUUGGAAUCUUUAAAGAUGAUGGAGAAAAGGUAGAUAAACAUUGAGCAUUAUACUAGGGAUUUAAAUUUAUUAGGAUCUUAAUUUUUAUUUCAUAUCUUUAUAUAGUUAUUUUUCAGUUCAUGUGUCUGUAUAUAUUUAUUUUCUUUCUUUCUUUCUUUUUGACCUUGUAAAAUUAAGAAUGUACAGGGGAGGUAAUCACCAUAAAUAGGAGUAAAAUUGGUCAUUACUAAGUGAAGCAUGGAUUUUUUAUUAUUUUUAAAAUAAUUAUCAAUAUGAUAAUUAUUUUAUUAUAUUUUUAAACAUUCCAAUUUUGCAUAUAAUGAAAAGCUGAACAUGUUUCCCUUUUUUCUGAUACAAUAAUUUUUGUCAUUUUUCAGUUGAUUAGAUUUGUGAUAAAAUGCUGUCUAAACAUUUAUAACUUGUAAAGCAUUGUAUAUGGUCUUAUUUAUACAUAUGAAUGGAAUACACAUACACACCCACACUAAGGCACACUUGUACUGUCAUGUUCUAUGUAUGUUUAUUGAAUAUGAAUACUCAUGCAUGUAGCACUAUUAUACAUUGUUAAAUAUAGCUGCAAAAUUUUGUAGGUAAAAAUGAAAUUACUCCUUAGUUUUGUAUUUUGUAGCUUAUAGAAAAGAGGAUUUCAGAUUGCAGUAAAUUUUAUAUACAAAUAUUUUUCGUAAAAUAUUAAGUGGGUGCUGGAUUUACUGCAAAAUUCCAUUUAUUUUAUCCAGACUAACUGUGCACAGUAGUUACAUAGUCUUAUACAGUGGCUUCAUUAGGUGGGUGUGUUCUUUUGUAGACACAGCACAGAAUAUUUUCUAGGCACGAAAUUUAUUGUUUGUCACAUUAAUGUAAUGACAAGGUCAUUCCUUCAUGACUAUUCACUUAUUUCUUCUUAAAUUUCUGUAAAUAUGAAAUUAUUUUUCCUGCUUUUGUUUAGUUUUACCAGACAGAUAAAUAAUGCAUUAUAAAAUUUAACAGCACCCAAAUUACCUCUCCAUACAUGAUACCCUAUAUAAGCAGACAAAAUGAACCAGAAAUUAAUGCUGUUUUUCUGUAAUAUUUAAACAAUAUUCUAAAGCACAUGCCUGCAACAAGAGGGAGGGUAAUUAGAAGUUAUAUUUAGUGGUAUAUAUUGAAAAUCCAACUGGAUAACAAGUAUCCAUAUAUGUAGUGCUGCCAUAUAUGCAUGUGUAUAUAUGUAAUUAUUUUAUGUUUCUUUCAGUUUUAAUAUCUCAUUGGUUAGUUAUAAAUUCUUGAUUUCUUAAAAGUUCAGUGCAUGUUGAAUAAAUAAUAGUUUAAUUAUUUUGUUAGUAGAUGGAUGAAGUGUCUAUGCUGUUCAGCUUCAUAAUUUAUUAUUCUUUAUGAUUAUCAGAAAGAGCCCCUUGGUAAUCUGAACAUGUUAAGUGAAGACCCUUAGUUGUUAGUGGACCUGUUUUGCAGCACUUUAACUGAGGUAAUAUGUUUACAUUCAAAUAUCUUUUCUUUUUUUUCUGUACUAGCAUUUAAAAAGGAAAAAAUCUAAUUUGUUAUUUAAAUAAAUGCCUAGGCAUAUUGCCAUUACAUUUCCAGUGUAUUGGGAUACCUACAUAGUUUUGUAUCCUUUUAUAUAUUAUUAUUCAUCCAUAGUUUUGAUUGUUUAAUAAUGAAUGGAUUAGAAAGAACAGAAAAUAGUACUCACUGCAAAAAUAAUAGUAAUUAGAAGGUUUAUAUCAGAGUAUGUGUUUCUUUGAGUUUAUUCUUAUUGAUUAUGAAUGGCAAAGAAAUUUAUGGGAGUAAAAGAUCUGUAAAACUAUUUACAAGCUGUCCUGUGAUGUAGGGAACAAUGGUUGUAGGAUAAUGUAUAUAACCAAUUUUUAUAAUUGUCUAUAAUAAAGAUUGUUACAAUAUUAAGUGAAAAUAAGAACAUUAUGUUAUAUGCAGUGUUCAUGACACUUGGAGAUGAAAAAAUAUUAAUUUAAAA